AGGAAGACGGACCAAUCAGAAACGUCGAACGCGGCGCACGCGACCGUCUCUUCGUUGUGUGAACCGUGGCCCGGUUUUGACGUCGCGGAGCCGCAGCGGUGCUGCUGUAGUUUAGGGGUUAACGGCUCUCGUUGUUGCGCACGGAUCAUGGCGACGGCGCUGCAGCAAGUGCUGGAAAGGAAUGAGAUAACCCGACUGACCAAAGCCGCCCAGAGCAAGCUCGAGAGGUUCCUCACGGGGAAGCAGGCCGAGUUGGAGUCGCUCAGGACCAACCAUGAGAGCUACAAGGCGGACUGCGAACAACAAGCAGCCAACACUGAAAAUAAAUUGGUGGAGUUGCAGGAACAACUUGUGUCCAACAGUAAAGAAUGUGAAACGCUUAAAGAGGAGAACAGCCGACUCGUUGAAGAACUCAAGAAGCUAAAAGCAGCUGGUGAUGAUGAAGAAACAUUGCAGCAGGAUAAACCUCCAAAAGCCAAAUAUGAAAUUGAGGCAGAGAACAGAGAGCUCUCUCGCUUGCUCCAGAAGAAAGCACAAGAGAUGGAAAAUCUUACUGAGAACUAUAAUCGUAUCAGUGAGAAACUGGAGGAAACCAGCAAAGUGAAGAUGGAGCUUCAGAUGAAACUGGAUGAGCUCCAGUCAUCUGAGCUCUCAAUACAGCAUCGGGAAAAGCGAAUGGAUCAAGAGAAGGAGCUUCUUCAGAACCAAAAUGCAUGGUUAAACUCUGAGCUGAAAAGCAAAUCUGAGGAGCUUCUCACGGUGACUAAAGAGAAGGGAAUAGAGACCUUGCAGCUCAAGUGCUCUUUGGAGACCAAGACUGAUGAGGUGAUCAGACUUCAGGAGGAGGUCAACACACUCAGGAGAACAAGUGAAAACAUGCAGAAGAUGACGGAGGACCUGAUGGCCAAGCUGAAGGAGGAGAAAGAUCAGUGCAUUGUCAUGGAGGAAAAAUAUCGCAAUGAGCUGAAUGCAAACAUGAGACUCUGCAAUUUAUACAAGAGCGCAGCAGCCGACGCUGAGGCCAAGAACGCGGAACUCAACAGAGGUGUGGAGGAGCUCAACAAACUGCUAAAGAACGCAGUAGAAACUAACAAAACCUCUGAGAAGAAACUCUCUGAGCUGGAGGGUUCACAGGGUACAGUAAAAGCCGAGCUGCAGGAGAGGAUUAGUACUUUAGAGAAAGAGGUGGAGAAUGCCAAUACAUGCCUUGCAGACUUCAAGCGGAGAGGAGUUCCUGCUCUCACUGAAGAGGACCUGACCAAGUUGUCUCCAACUGCAGCUGUAGUGGCCAAGAUUGUGAAACCUGGCAUGAAGCUUAUGGAGCUGUAUAAUGCAUUUGUGGAGGCUCAGGACAACCUGCAACUGGAAAAGAUGGAGAACCGCCGAAUCAACAAGGCUCUAACUGAAGCCAGAUCAGAGACCGAGCGCAAGACGUCUGUAAUGAAGAGGCAGAGGGAGGAGAUUGAGAACACACAGAAGUCCAUGAACAGCAUCAGCUUGAAACUUGAGCAAACCAUGAAGGAGAUGAAUAAACAACAGGAAGAAACGAAUGAGGUGAAUAAGCAAGCCUCGUUGCUGGAGAAAGAGAAUCAGAGGGCACGGAAACAGAUAGCAGACUUGUCUCAGCAGGUGCGUGUGUUGCUGGUGGAGCUGGAGGAGGCGCGAGGGACCAAAGUAGUACGAGAUGAGUUGAACUCCGCCGUAAGCAGCAGCUCUGAGAUUCAAGGCCAACGCCAGGUUGCGUUCCGCAGUGUGGAGGAGCUCCAGCAGCAAAACCAGAACCUCCUCAUCCAGAUACGUGAGCUGGAGGAGCAACAUGAGAAGAGCACAACUGAGGCCAAGAUUGCCAGGCAGACAGAGUUCGAGCAGAAAUUGGAAAAGGCACAUAAGGAGUUGGAGCUGUUUAAGGAGCAGAGAAACCAGCAGAAACAAGUGGCUGACUCGGCCAUGAGGCAGAGAGACAUGUACCGCAUCCUGUUACAGACGGCUGGGGUAGACCUUCCUCCACAGAGCUCAGAUUGUGGCACAGAGUCUUCUACCACUAACAAACCUGUGGUUACACCUACUCGAUCUGCAAUAAGCCAGUCUGUAGCUUCAGAGGUAGCCCAGGCCAUACAGGCUAAAGUGGCUUUCAAACAGCUAAAUGAAGCAUUUGCAACCUAUAAGAAGGAGAAGGCAGAGAAUGAUAAGCUUCUGAAUGAGCAGAAUGAGCGUCUGCAGUCUCAGGUUUCUGACCUGAUCUCCAAAAAGGCCAAAAUCUCCUCUCAGCUGGAAUUUGCUUCUAAGAGGUAUGAGAUGCUUCAGGAAAAUCUUAACAGCUACAGAAGAGAGAUUAACUCCCAGCGGGAGAAGAUUCAGAAGCUCUCUUCUACGUCUCAGAAAUAUGAGCAGAUCAUCCACACUAUGACGCAGGAUCUGCGGGAAGCCAACGAGAAAGUAGCAGUGGCUGAGAUACGAUGUGAGAAUCUGCGUAAGGAGCGUGACAUGUUGAAGCAGGUGGAGAGUCGACUUUACCAGGAGAAGGAGUCCAUUCUGGCUGAGCAGCGUGGACAGAACAUGUUGCUAUCCAACUUAAAGUCCAUCCAGCUAACGAUGGAGCGAUCUGAGGCGGAUACCAGGCAGCGCUAUGCUAACCAGAUAACGCAUCUGGAGAAGGAGAUUGCACAGAUGAAGAAGAGAGUUGAACAGGAGGUAGAACAGAGGCAUAUGGUGGAGCGCAACCAAGAUGUACAGCUGGUAGAGGCCAAGAAGCAACUGGCAGCGCAGAACGCUCUGCACCAGAAGACCAAGGAGCUUCUGAAGAGCACUGAGCAGCAGGUUUCCACUCUGAGACAGCAGCUGAGCAACUCUGAGAAUCUAAACAACAAACAGCCUGUCAAAGUGUCAUCCACUGCUGAAGCUUCAGGUGUUCCUGAGCAGGAGGUCGAAGAGUUGCGUUCACGUCUGCAGCAAACCGAGGAUCAGAACUCGGAUCUGCAGGAGCGCCUGAAGAGCGCACAGAACAAUCUAGAAGAAUACAGGACUAUGGUGCUCAGCUUGGAAGAUUAUAUCAGCAAGGACAAACAGGCACUUGAGGAGGCACGAUUAUCCAUUGAGAACCAACUGAAGGAGGCCCAGGAGCUUAACAGGCAGCUGGAGGGCCGGAUGGCUGAGGCAGAAAAAGAGAAGCAGGAGCUGCACGAGGAGAAGCUCAAGGCUGUGGGGAAUGUAGAGAAACAUGUAAAACAGCUGAAACACAGUUUGACCGAAAUGCAGACAGAGUUACAAGAUGCACUACAGAGAGCAUCAUCUGCUGCAGCCAAGGAGCAACAAGCCACACAGGACAGCCAGCAACAGGCUAAGCUGGCUAUAGAGGCACAGAAUAAGUAUGAACGGGAGCUCAUGCUGCAUGCUGCCGACGUUGCGGCUUUACAGACUGCUAAGAAACAGGCCCAAGAGGUAGCAAAAAGCCUCAAAAUAAUGGAGGAAAAGCUUCAAAAGUCCACUUAGCUCCAGCAGGGCUGUAUAGCCUGGGGACAGCAAGAGAAAAGCCUAAAGGAGGAGCUGGGGAAACAGGAGCAGCAACUACAAGGCUUUCAGAAGCAGAACAAAUUGCUCCAUGAACAGAUCGAACAGUUGGGUGUUAAAAUGGCUGCCACUGUUCAGGAGCACGCCACCAGAGAGGGCAUUCUAAACAUUUCUUUUAACGAGGAGGACAAAACUCAAGAGCAGAUUCUUGAGAUCCUCAGGUUUGUGCGUCGGGAGAAAGAGAUCGCUGAGGCUCAGUUUGAGGUUGCUAAGGUAGAAACACAGCGCUACCAACAGCGCAUGGAGCACCUUGAAAAAGAGCUGAAGGAGGUCCAGGACAGUUUGACAGCCGAGACAAACUACAGGUUGGAAGCCACAUACAUGAAUACAAAGGCCAUGGCUCAGCAGGAGGAGAAACUGAAAAGGCUAGAGAGUUUGAAUGCUUUGACCGAGACCAACAAGAUGCUUAAGGAGGAGAAGAACCGAUUGGAGCAGGAGCUGCAGCAGAAUCGUGCCAAGAUGCUUAAGCUAGAGGCAGACAUGAGGCCUCUGCAGGAGAGCAACGCAGAUCUGAGUGAGCAGAAUGGCAUGCUGCAGGCUGAGAAGCGACUUUUAGAGGAGGAUGUCAAACGCUGGAAGAAUCGCACUCAGCAACUGGUGAGUCAGCAGAAAGAUAGCAAUCAGGAGGAAAGUAAGAAGCUUCAAUCGGAGAAAGAGGCCCAAGUCAAACGCAUCCAGCAGCUCACUGAGGAGAUUGCCAAACUGAAGAGUGAGCUGGCCAGGGCGAAUGCAUCCAUGUCUGCAUCACAGAGUCAGGGUCAGAACCUGAGGGAGAAUCUGGGGAAGCUCACCUCAGAGAGAGACAAUCUGAAAAAGGAUCUGGAAGCCAAGGCUCAAGACAUUCUGGAGAAGCUCAAAACCAUUACACAGGUCAAGAAGAUCGGCCGCCGCUACAAAACCCAGUACGAGGAGCUUAAGGCCCAGCAUGACAAGAUGGUUGUAGAAUCAGCUGCAAAACCUGCACAAGCUGAGCAAGCAUUGAUUGAGGCACAGCAGGCUUCAGUGCAGGAGAUCCAGACCCUAAAAGCAUCCCUGAGCCAGGCCCAGAGUAGAACUACGGACCUAGAAGCACAGGUGGAGAGCAUGCAAAAGGCGGCAGGAGAGCGGGAGGCUGAGCUGAAGCGUCUUCAGGAGCAACUCGCUCAGAUUCAACCAGAGCUGACGCGUCUUCGUACAGAGCUUCAGGAGAAGAGCAGUCAGGAGGAACAGCUAAAACAGCAGAGUGCUGAGAAAGAGGAAAAGACCAAGAAAGCCAUUCUGAUAGCAAAGCAGAGGAUCAGCCUGCUCAACAGUGCAAAAGAGAGGCUGACCAAGGAGAAUGAGGAACUGAAGCAGCAGCGAGAGGAGUUGGACGUGAGGAUGAGUGCGCUUAAGUCUCAGUACGAAGGGCGGCUUAGUCGUCAGGAACGAGAGCUGAGAGAGUUGCGUGAGCAACAGGAACGACAUGGAGAACAACGCGAUGAGCUCCUGGAGCAGGGUCCAAACAAGGCUCAGGAUCAGCAGAGGCCCUCUGAAAGCAGACAGAUCACACUUAAAUCCACACCUGCUGCAGACAGAGGAAGUGCCAGUGAGCCACCUACAGCUAACAUCAAACCCACCCCUGUAGCUGGAGCAUCCGGCAAACCUCCUUCAAUUCCGGGCAGCAAGGCCACACCAAGAGCAAGCAUCAGACCAAUGAUAACACCUGCUACUGUUCCCACACCAACGCCGACUGCCACAGUCAUGCCCACAGCACAGACGGAGAUGCAGGAGGCAAUCCCUACUGCUCUGCAGCCAUCGGAGACUCCGGUAGAACACGUGACUGUAUUUGGUAGUGGUUCUGUUCGUUCCACCAGUCCAAAUGUUCAGAGCACUCAGUCAAUCAUCACACUGCAGCCGAGCCAAGCCACAGCCUUUGUCCAGCCCACACAACAGCAGUCCAGUCAAGAACCAGCAGCGCCAAUGGUGGAGGCAGUGCACAGCUCUCAGAUGGAGAGACCGUCCACGUCGACUGCUGUGUUUGGCACAGUGUCUGCGAGUGCAGGGUCGUCUCUGCAGAAGCGUGUACGAGAGGAGGAGCUGGAAAGCACCACUGAGGUGACCGAGAGCACACAGGAUGACCUUAAUGAUCCCCCUGUGGCGAAGAAGAUCCGUGCCGGAUUGGAGGAGGAUAUCGGCACUGAGGAGAGUAAUGAUGCAGAAGCUGAAGCUCCUGAAAUUACACUGGAAGUCCCAGAUGCUAGUGAAGAUGGCUUCAAUGUAUUAGGUGUCGAAGAGACCUUGUCUCCAUCUGUUCCUUUGGAUCAAGUGAGCGAAUCUCAAGAAUCAGCAUUUGAGCACAGGCAUGAUAUCAUCGUCAUCGAAACAGACAGCAAUAGUGAUGAGGAGGGUGUAGAGGACGCUGGGCAGGAGUACGGAGAGGAGGAAGAGGAUGAUGAGGAUGAAGAUGAGGGAACGAUGGCAGAGGGAGAGGAGAGUAAUGAAGGCAGUGGAGAUGUCAAUGAGCCAUUUGAGGGCGAGGACACCGAGACAGCUGAGGCCACCGAGCCGGGCACUGAGAAUGAGGAGAGUCAGGGACCAUCAGAAUCCACCCAGAAGCAUGCUGAUUCUCAAAGUAGUGGUGAAGCAAAUGUCAGCACCAUGGACCCAUCUCCUGCAGUAGAUCCCAUGAGGGAGGUGCAGCCUUCCCCCAGCACAACAGGUACCUCCUGCAGCUCCUUGUCCUCCCAAGUGCCCCGACUGCCCCAGUCACCUCGCAGACCACAUCAGACACCCCCACCUCGCCUCAACAUCCACCCCGUCCCUGAACUCGGGCCCCCACUCAUGCAGAGGCAGGCAGGCCAGACUAGACGCCAAUCAACGAGCCGUGUGCCCCAGCUCACGCCAGGAAUAGGAAGCAUGCAACACUUCUUUGAUGAUGAUGACCGUAUGGUUCCCAGCACUCCAACUUUAGUGGUACCUCAUCGAAAUGAUGGUUUUGCUGAAGCUAUACAUUCUCCUCAGGUUGCUGGAGUCCCACGGUUCCGUUUCGGUCCUCCAGAGGACAUGAUUCCUCAGACAAGCUCAUCUCACUCAGAUCUUGGUCAGCUAGCAUCUCAGGGUGGUUUAGGCAUGUAUGAAAGUCCUCUCUUUCUGGCUGCUCAUGAUGAUGAAUCUGGAGGCAGGAGUGUUCCUACCACACCUCUGCAGGUCGCAGCUCCAGUGAGUGUUUUUGCUGAGAGUCAGCCUUCGGAUGUGUCUGAGCCAGCAUCACAGUCUGUCCCGAUGGUCAGCACAUCCACAUCAGGUCUGACUGGACAUGGAGAAGCUGUUCCUGGAGAUGAUGCUGAUGAUGUCUUCAUGGCAGAAGCAGAAAGUGAAGGAACGAGUGGUGAGGCAUCGUUGGAGAGCCAGUCUGAACUAGAGCCUGCUCAGCCCUCUGAUGAUGCAAGCCUCCCUUCCACCAGCCAAGAGCCAACCUCCAGCUCUGCUCCAGACACGAGCAGCAGCCAGCAGCCCAGGCCUGCCGAGAGAGCUCGCAGAGAGAGUGCCCAGCCCCCACGCAGAGCCCAGCUUAUCAGAAGAGGUAUGGGCUAUCCUCGCGGUGGCCGUGGCCGAGGGUUCAACAGGGGCAUGCCGUUCUGAUCAGUAUUAGUUGUGAAAUCGCUCUAUUAUUUCCAUCCAAACAUGUUAAAAGAAAUACAGCUACGCACUCAGUGUACCGAUUUUCUUUUGUAAAUAUUAUGACUUUUUUUAUGUUCUGUAGUUAGGUUCUUUUUGCUUAAUUGUGAUUUUCAAAUUGCUAUUUUUACUGUCUGAAUGAUUUUUUGCUAAUAAUGAAUAAAGCUGUUCAGUGUUAUUUGGUAAUAAAAAGUGCUUGCUGAUGAAUGGCAAGCUUUAGGGUUUA